AGAAAAGAUCAGCUUAGAAUGUUAGAACAUGAGAGAUUAGUCAAAGAACUCAAUGAUAAAGUAAGGACAAGUGGAAAAGGCCAAAAUCAGGAGACAAGUUUGGUAAGACCUGGAGAUACUCGAUGGGGCUCACAUUAUGUGACUUUGCUUCGUUUAUGUGCUAUGUGGCCUUCAGUAGAGAAAGUGUUGGAGAAUAUACGUGAUGAUACCACUAGCUUUGAAGUUAGAAGUACUGCAAGAGGUUUGCUUCGGAAGAUGAAUGAUUAUGAGUUGGUGUUUGUGAUGCAUUUGAUGAAAUAUUUGUUAGGAAUCACAAAUGAAUUGUCAUAUGCAUUACAAAGAAGGGAUCAAAAUAUUGUGCAAGCCAUGAUUUUGAUUGAUGCAGUGAAAUCUCAACUACAUGACUUCAGAAACACUGGGUGGGAAAUAAUUUGUGAUGAAGUCAAUAGAUUUUGUGAGGUGAAUGCUAUUUCUUUGAUUGAUAUGGAAGACACGAUAACACGACCUGGUUAUAGAAGGCAGAGCAUCACCAAUGAUCAUUAUUACCGUGUGGAGAUUUUUACAGAGGUUGUUGAUUUAAUCAUACAAGAGAUGAAUAAUCGUUUUUCUGAAGCUAGCACUGAUCUACUUAGAUGCAUGGCAUGUCUUGAUCCAAGAGAUUCUUUCUCCCAAUUCGACAUUAAUCAACUCAUGCGUUUUACUACUUGGUAUCCUGAAGACUUCUCCGCAGGUGAUUGUUUAUAUCUGCCACAACAACUCCGUAAUUUCAUAGUACUUGUGCGGCAUCAUCCUCGCUUUUCUACGAUCACUGAUUUGGGAAGUUUUGCUCAAGAAAUGGUUAAAAGUGGCAAUCAUUUAAUUUUUCAAUUAGUUUAUCGUAUGAUUGAGUUGACAUUGGUUUUACCUGUAGCUACUGCUUCUGUUGAGAGAUCAUUUUCUGCAAUGAAGCUCGUCAAAAGUGAUUUGCGAAAUCGUAUGCAGGACGAGUGGAUGAAUGACAGUUUGAUCAUGUACAUUGAAAAGGAUAUCUUCUCAACAAUUGAUAAUGAGAAUAUAUUGCAACGUUUUUAG